UCCUUUUAAAGAUUCUUCCUUUGUUUCUCUCAUUUUCUCCUUGAUCGCUACUCAAGUUUCCCUCGCCGCCGGUCAGGACCCCGGUGAUGUUGUUGCCAUGAUUAUGUUUGUGGUGGUAUAAUGCAUGCUUAUGGGUCACUCUGAUUUACUGCACAUAGUGUUUGCUGCUGUUGUUUGGUUUGCUACAUAUGCUUUGGUUGCAAUCCUCGGGAUCUUUUGCGUUUGUAAUUUCGUCCGUACUUCCAUAUUUUAAUUGAGAAAGGUGUAUUCCAAGAAACAAAUUAAGAGGAAAAGAAAAGAGAGAAAGCUAUCAUGGGCUAUGCUCAGCUCGUUAUUGGCCCUGCUGGCAGUGGAAAGUCCACUUAUUGCUCAAGUUUAUACCAACAUUGUGAAACUGUGGGACGACAAAUUCACAUUGUGAACUUGGAUCCUGCUGCAGAAAGUUUUGACUAUCCAGUUGCCAUGGACAUUCGAGAACUCAUAUCUUUGGAGGAUGUUAUGGAGGAACUCGGUCUUGGUCCAAAUGGUGGUCUUGUUUAUUGCAUGGAACACCUUGAAGACAAUUUGGAUGAUUGGCUGACAGAAGAGCUGGAUAACUACUUAGAUGAUGAUUAUUUGGUUUUUGACUGUCCAGGACAAAUAGAACUUUUUUCACAUGUUCCCGUGUUGAAAAACUUUGUGGAGCAUCUGAAGCGUAAGAAUUUCAAUGUCUGUGCUGUGUACUUGCUUGAUUCCCAGUUCAUCACAGAUGUGACCAAGUUUAUAAGUGGUUGUAUGGCGUCACUUUCAGCGAUGGUUCAACUUGAACUUCCCCAUGUUAAUAUUCUGUCCAAGAUGGAUCUUGUGACAAACAAAAGGGACAUUGAAAAUUACCUGAAUCCCGAGCCUCAAAAUUUGCUGCCUGAGUUGAAUCAACGGAUGGCUCCACGGUUUCAAAAGCUUAACAAGUCUUUAAUUGAAUUGGUGGAUCAGUAUAGCAUGGUCAGCUUUUUGCCUCUUGACUUGAGCAAAGAAAGCAGUAUACAGUACAUCUUGUCACAAAUUGAUAACUGCAUUCAGUAUGGAGAAGAUGCUGAUGUGAAGAUUAAAGAUUUUGACCCGGAAGAUGAUGAUUGAAAUUAUAUAGCUAUCUGUCAAUUUUCUUUAGGCUAUUUCCAAGUUCUGGCAAGGUUGGCCAGUGGCAGCUCGAAUUACACAAGAUCAUUAGUAAAGUUACAUUUUGUAAAUGUUUAAUUUCAGUGUAGUAGCAAGUAUUUGAAAUGCUUUUCAUCUCAUCUAUGAGUUGCAUUCGGUUACUAACUGGAAAGAAUGAGAAUGGGAGCCUAAACCAUGUGUGGGAAGUCUCUUUUUUCUGUUUGCGGAUAGAUCUGUGAAGUUCUGCACAAUCACAGGUUUCUACGUUUGGAGCAAUCAGCAUGCGUCAAUUAAAUUGCUA